CGGGUUCUGGGAAGCUCAGACGCCGCGCGGGCGGGGGAUUGGUUCGUGCGCUCGUAGUUUAGCUCCCCGAAGUGCGCGGAGGCCUUUCGCGGACCACCUGCUCGCUCCGCCGGCGCGGGGAGUCCUCGCGGCGCUCCCUUCAGCUUCCUCGUCCGCGGGGAAAGGGCUGGGUCGUCCCGUCUCCGGCCCCCGACAGGACCCCGCGUCGAACCGCUGAGCCGUCGCAGGGCGAGAUGAGCGCGGACGCGGCGGCCGGGGCGCCCUUGCCCCGGCUCUGCUGCCUGGAGAAGGGUCCGAACGGCUACGGCUUCCACCUGCACGGGGAGAAGGGCAAGGUGGGCCAGUUCAUCCGGCUGGUGGAGCCCGGCUCGCCGGCCGAGAAGGCGGGGCUGCUGGCCGGCGACCGGCUGGUGGAGGUGAACGGCGAGAACGUGGAGAAGGAGACCCACCAGCAGGUGGUGAGCCGCAUCCGCGCCUCGCUCAACGCCGUGCGUCUGCUGGUGGUCGACCUGGAGACGGACGAGCGGCUGCAGAAGCUGGGCGUCCAGAUCCGGGAGGAGCUGCUCCGCGCCCAGGAAGGGCCCGGGCAGGCCGAGCCGCCGGCCGCCGUCGAGGCGAAGGGGGCUGGCGGCGAAAAUGAGCCGCAGGCCGCCACGCCGGGACCCCGCGAGUCCGAGAAGAGCCACCCCGAGCGGCGUGAGCUUCGGCCUCGGCUCUGCGCCAUGAAGAGGGGUCCCAACGGCUACGGCUUCAACCUGCACAGCGACAAGACCAAGCCAGGCCAGUUCAUCCGGUCCGUGGACCCAGACUCGCCCGCCGAGGCCUCGGGGCUCCGGGCCCAGGACCGUAUCGUGGAGGUGAACGGCGUCUGCAUGGAGGGCAAGCAGCACGGGGAUGUGGUGUCUGCCAUCAAGGCUGGCGGCGAGGAGACCAAGCUGCUGGUGGUGGACAAGGAGACCGAUGAGUUCUUCAAGAAAUGCAAAGUGAUCCCGUCUCACGAGCACCUGCAUGGUCCCUUGCCUGAGCCCUUUACCAAUGGGGAGAUCCAGAAGGUAAAGGAGAACAGUUAUGAAGCCCUGUCCGAGGUGGCCUCCGAGAACCCCAGGCCAGCCCUGGCACGGUCCACCUCCAGUGAUACCAGCGAGGAGCUGAACUCCCAAGACAGCCCCAAGAAGCAGGACUCCGCAGCACCCUCAUCUACCUCCUCCUCCGACCCCAUCCCAGACUUCAACAUCUCCCUGGCCGUGGCCAAAGAGAGGGCCCACCAGAAGCGCAGCAACAAACGGGCCCCGCAGAUGGACUGGAGCAAGAAAAACGAACUCUUCUCCCGGGCCUGAGCGCCUCCUCGCACCACCCAGC